AUGCCAGCCGAGCUCACAAAAAGGUGUCGGGAGUAUAUUCACACCACAAAACGUUCGGAGCACGAAGAUACAUCACAGGACACUGAAAAGUUUCCACUAGACAAGCCGUGUCAAAGCUGGGGGUUUGGCGAAAGCGAGGCCCGUCGGGCUAUCAAUCGCAAGUGCGCGGAUUCUGGAAGGACAAGAACGCAUGCCAGGUAUCGUUACGGCAUCCUGAAGUCUGGUACCGAGACUGAUCAGGAUGGGGCCAGGCCCAAAGCGGGUGACGUACAGACCCCAGCCAUCAGAAUCGAGGUUGGCACCAAGCUUGUUGAGGCAUUCAAAGAGCCACGGCUACAAGGAGAAGCGACGACUCAAGAGGCCAUCCGCCACAUGGUCUGA